UCAAUAUUUGUUCAUUAGAACCACGACAUUUUAUGCAAAUAAACAAGUGAGAAUAUCUCCAUAGGCUAAAAAUGCCACUUUUUGGCUGGAUGAAAUGGCCAAAAAACAACAACUACAAGCCCACACACUGUCCUGGGUCAGACGUGGUGACAAAGACUCUGCUUCGUGAAUUAAAAUGGCACUUAAAGGAGCGAGAGAGAUUAAUACAAGAGAUUGAAAAUGAACAAAAAGUGAAAAAAACAGGUGUGGAUUACAACUGGCUGAGAAACUACCAGAAUCCCCAUAUAACUAUCCCAGCUACUGAACAGAGACAACUCGAAGUUCUUUGCUCAAAAGUUCAACCUUGCCAAACCGGAACUAUUCUCAGCAGAUUUCGAGAAGUUUUGGCAGAAAAUGAUGUCUCGCCAUGGGAAAUAGUCUACAUCUUCAAACAAGUUCUGAAAGACUUCCUAAGUAACACUGACAAAAGAAGUCAGCGAGAGGGCCUGGAGGAUCUGCGGGACGUGAGCUGUUCUGUUCAUUCUGCAGACCCAGGUGGGAGCUCCGAGAGUUCAGACAAAGACGAAAUACCCACUAUUUCAAGUUACGUAGACAAAAACACAAAGAACAGGUUCCCCACAUCCUCACAGAGAAUCUGGAACCUACCACAUUACUUCCCAUCAAGUUAGGUUACCUGUCACCAGGGAACUUUGUAUGAUCAUCUUACUAUGAAGACAAAGACAAAGUGAUAUGACUUCCUGUUUCUCUCUGUUGCAAGGUCAGAAGUUAAAUUCCUGUGGAUGUAUCGUGUGUUUUAAAUAGUUUUCCUUUUCUAACGACUCUAAAAACGCAGUGUU